AUGAUCGAGAGGGAUCAAAAAAAGGGACACCAAGGUAGGAGAAACCACUCAGCUCAUAGCAUCAGAAAGCCUCCACAUCAUACUCAUUCGGUUAAGGUAGAAGCAAUUGCACAGCAGAUAAACUCGUCUAAGCCUACCAUAUAUUUGCCGCAAAUGAUUACAAACACGUCAUUGGGUAUGAUGAGCCAUGCCGUGAAUAUGAAUCAAAAAAUCGAAUUACAACAUAAUGCGAAUGUUCCAAUUACCGAUAUGGGACCAACAAGAUCAGAUGUAUUUAUUGAUAUGACGCAUACCAACAUAAGCAAUUCCAACGGUUCCAUUCCUGCCAAGGAUGAGAACUUUAUAUUAUACAAUCCCCAAUUUAAGGAAGCUAGAGAGACUAAUUCAAAAAAUCUUGGCUUAAAUACGACGAGUGCAUCCACAGGGUACCCACAAUCAAUUUCCACUUCGUAUCCUAUGCAAUUAUUAGAUGAUACAGGAAAGAGCGAACAGUUAUUGAUGUCACCGGAACAGGAAGAAGCGAUGCUGAACAGCUUUUUAUUUCAAUUAAGAGAAGAUCAACAACAAUCCAAAUCUUUGCGGUCUGUUUACACAAUUCCUGCUGUUAAUCAAUGUAUGAAUUGCCUUGAAAAUCUCGAACAGAACAAAUUGGGAAUACAAAUUUGUGAGGCAUGCCAACAUCAGAAAUCAGUUAUUCAUGCGUUCAGUUACUAUCUUACAAUAUUGAGACGAAACAAGAAAGAUGAGCUAUGUAAAGUAACACUCAUAUCCCAAAUUCCUUUGAAUGAGUUGCUCGCCUUAAGCGGUGAGAAAACAGGCAAGGAUGUUGCAACCUGCUUAUACGAAAAAUUCAUUUUUCCGAUUAAUGAAGCCACUGGCGCUGAAUUUGUCGUUCUAGAUCAGAAAGGAGACCAAGGGAAAAAGUCCGAGUCAAAAGUGAUCAGUCUUAUUCUAAAAUGCACAAACGAUCCAGGAUGUUCCAAAGACGUGAGUAAUGAUAAUAUUGAUCCGGAGGCUCUUUUAAUGGAUAGUACCAAUUCUCAAUCUGAUAAAUAUUACGUUACGUCUACUAAAAAGCAGAAAAGAGGAUGCAAUUCUCUUAUAACUAUUUCAUACGAUCUCAGAACUGGUGAUCUAGCAAUGUCCUUUUCCCACAAAGCCCAUCAAUGA